ACGGAUUUAAAGUUCGGCUAUUAAAUUGCCCAUUUAGGCGAUGACUGUUGCAGAAAUUCCAAUUAAAAGUGAACCGUAUUAUGUGUCUAAUGAUCCAGGCAUCUUUAGUGAAUUAGUCUCAGUGAGCCAAAUGGUUAUUGUGAUUCAACUCCAAUAAAGCUGGUAUCAAGUGAGAAAAGUUCGCGGGAUAAAUUCGGUAAUGCGGUGACCAAGACCAGGUCAUACAGGGGGAAAAAAAUGUGGCUCAAUCAAAUAUCGCUCAACAUUCUGCUGAUCCUGUUGCUGCUCAUGUGCCAAGAGAAUAAAGUGCAUCGAUGGAAGGUGGAUGGCCAGAUAAAUGCCUUUCGCCCAACCGUGUUCGAUAGCUCCCAGUGGCGGAUGUUGUUUCACAUGUAUCGGAACGUCACGAUGCUAAUGGCCGGCCGGACCGCGCGUGGCCGUUUCCUGCAGAGGCGGGUCCCUGAGAAGGUGCCAUUCCCCUGUGACGUUUCGCUCGGGAGGAGUCCAGAGCCACCCGUCAGCGUCCACAAACUUAGGCCAGGAGAUUUCAAUGUGAUCGCAGCGAUCGGCGACUCGGUGAUAACGGCCAGCGGUGCUUCGGCCACCAGCUUCCUGGAGCUGUACACCGAAAACCGGGGCCUGUCCUGGUGCAUUGGCGGUCAGUGGAACUGGCGCAAUGCAACUACGCUUCCUAAUAUACUAAAAGUAUUUAAUCCUAGGUUGGUAGGUUACUCUUACAGUGACAGCUAUAGCUUUCACUGGGACUCGCAGUUCAACAACGCGGAAAUCGGUGCCAUCUCCAAGGAACUUCCGCACAUGGCCCGCCAAAUGGUGACCCGGAUCAAAUCCGACCGGCGGGUUAACUUCAAAAAAGACUGGAAGGUUCUGACGAUCACGAUCGGUGGAAAUGACGCCUGCGCGUACGUCUGCACAAUGCGGGAUCCGGAGUCGUUGCCCAUCAAACAUCGGCGCAAUUUGCUGACGACGUUGCGCUACCUGAGGGAUAACUUACCGCGGACCUUCGUUAACAUCGUUUCGAUGCCGGAUGUUGAAAAGGUGGUUUCGAUCGCUACGAAACCCACCAUUUGCUGGAUUCUGCAUCAUGGUGAAUGUCCCUGUUGGGUUGGCCCAAUCCACAACUCCACCGAAGGUUCCCGGGCACGAUGGGCUCGAAUCCAACGGCAGUACAAGAAGGUGGAGGAGGAAGUUCCUCAGAUGGAGGAAUUCCGCGGUCUCGACGAGUUUGCCGUAGUUCACCAGCCAUGGACGAAACGCCUCACUCUUGAUGCAGCCGAUGGCUCCGUUGACUUUAGUUUGCUAUCUUACGACUGUUUUCAUCUGAGCCAGAAAGGACAUGCCCGAGCUGCGGCUGCUCUUUGGAACAACAUGCUGGAGCCCCCGGGCAAGAAGCGAUUCUCUUGGAAUCCACCUUUCGAAAACUUCCGCUGUCCCACCCGGGAGAAUCCCUACGUCUACACGUACGACAACAGCUGAGGGAACGGAAUGUUGCCAGCCAAGCGAGCACACACCCAGAUGACGACACCUUUGAAGAAGCAGUAAAACGAAACCUCAAUAUGCCCCACAUAUCAAUCAGCGCCCCCAGUGCCUAGUGUCAAAGUGUUAAUUAUGAUGCAACGUGACAAAGGAUCCAUAAAUUACCGACCUGUACGCACAAUGUAAUAACGAUAAUAAAACAGAUGAACCGCCCAAGGUAGCUCGCAAUUGUAACAA